AUGCUGGGUUCUUCACGGAGCGACACCCAUCCUCUCGCCGACAUGUCCAAGUUCGAGGGCGUCGCCUGGAGCCGCGACUACGACCACACCGGCCACUACGAUGGCGGCAGCUCGCCCACCACCGACAACUACCACGACCGCGACGUCUUCGGGCGCGAGGAAGGCCACGACAUCAAGUACAAGACGCUGUCAUGGCAGAUUGUCUCCAUCCUCAUGAUUGCCGAAAUCGUCUCCAAUGGCAUGCUGUCCCUGCCCUCCUCGCUCGCCACCGUGGGCAUGGUGCCUGGAUUGAUUCUGAUCAUCUUUCUGGGUAUGUUUGCGGCGUACACGUCGGUGCUGCUGGUGCGCUUCAAGCUGCGACAUCCUGAGGUGCACAACAUGGGCGACGCGGGCAAGAUCAUGUUUGGUUUCGUUGGACGAGAGGUGUUUUCUUUCGGCACACUGCUCUUCGCCGUCUGCCUGGCUGGAGGACAGAUGCUGUCGGGACAGAUCGCAUUGACGACACUGAGCGACCAUGCGAUCUGCAACAUCUCUUUCACGGGCGUUUUCUGCGCGGCGACGUUCCUGUUGGCUCUCCCCCGGACGUUCGACAACCUCGGCUGGGUCUCCAUCGCGAGUGUCGGAAGCAUUCUGGUCGCUGGUAUCGUGGGAAUGGUUGGCGCGGGUAUUCAUCCAGUUCAAGACCGAGUUGUCGUUGCAGCCCGCUCGAGCGACUUCUUUACCGCAUUCUUCUCCAUCACCAACCCUGUCUUUGCAUACUGUGGGCAUUUCAUGUUCUUUGCUUUGAUGUCCGAGAUGAAGCGUCCUCAAGAUGCAAUCAAGGCCGCCUAUACCCUGCAAGGCUUCGCGACCAGCUACUACGCCAUCUUCGCUGCCGUGACCUACGGCUUCAUCGGUAGCGCGGUCCUCUCCCCAUCCUUCUCCUCCCUCGAGAUCGUUUGGUCGAAGGCCGCAUACGGCAUCGCACUGCCCAACCUGCUCAUCGCCGGCUCUCUUUACAUCCAUACCGCGGCGAAGAUCAUCUUCAUUCGACUCUUCAGACACUCACGGCAUCUCCACGAACACACUCUCAUCGGCUGGGGUGUGUGGGUUUUCCUCAUCGCUCUCAUGAGCGCCAUCGCCUUCGUUCUCGCCGUCGGAGUUCCAAUCUUCAACUACCUGAUCGGCAUCACUGCAGCACUCUUCGCUGCAUGGUUCACCUACGGAAUCGCCGGUAUGUUCUGGCUCCACGACGCCUACCACGACGGCGACGGCGUCCGGGAAUGGUGGCGAAAACCCUUCAACACCUUCAUGUCUGUCUUGACCAUCGUCAUCGGUCUUUUCAUUUGCGUUGCGGGUCUCUAUGUGACGAUUCGCGCCAUUGUGGAGGCGUAUGCGGAUGGGACGAUUACGGCACCUUUCAGCUGUGGAUGA